AUCCAGACUUUGACCUCUGUCUGUUUAAAACCAGUCUGACUACUGAGCAUCACACACAUUCUGACACACAGACUUCUGAUCGUUUGCCUGCCUUUCAGAACCUCUUGACUGAACCAUGAGUUCUUGCGUGACCCUGUCGUCAGGGCAUAAGAUUCCCCUGGUGGGGCUGGGCACCUGGAAGAGUGCCCCUGGACAGGUUAAGCAGGCGGUGCUGACAGCUCUAGACUGUGGCUACAGACACAUUGAUUGUGCUGCUGCGUACAGUAAUGAGCAGGAGGUCGGGGAGGCACUGGCUCUGAGGCUGGGACCAGGAAAGGCCCUGCGUCGUGAGGCUGUAUUUCUGACCUCUAAGCUGUGGAACACCCAGCAUCACCCUGACGAUGUAGAGACAGCCUGUAGGAAGAGUCUAAUACACCUGGGACUGAACUACCUGGACCUCUACCUCAUGCAUUGGCCCAUGGCCUUCCAGCGUGGGACAGAGCUGAUGCCAAAGCGGGCCGAUGGGAGUGUGUGUUACGAUGACAUACACUACCAGGAAACCUGGGUUGCCAUGGAGAGCCUGGUUGAUAAGGGGCUGGUCCGAGCCAUCGGUCUGUCCAACUUCAACGCCAGACAGACAGACGAUAUCAUCAGCAUCGCCAAACACAAGCCUGUAGUCAACCAGGUGGAGUGUCACCCAUACCUGUCCCAGGCUGAGUUGCUGAGUCACUGCAGGUCGGUAGGUGUAUGUGUGACGGCCUACAGCCCCCUGGGUAGCGGUGACAGGCCCUGGGCCUCGCCUGAUGAACCCUGCCUGCUGCAGGACCCUGGACUGGGGGCUAUCGCCCUCCGCCACAGCAUGACCCCUGCUCAGGUCAUACUCAGGUGGCAGGUACAGAGAGGGGUAGUCUGCAUCCCCAAAAGUGUCACCCCCUCCAGGAUCCAGCAGAACAUACAGGUGUUUGACUUCUCUCUGUCGGAUGAAGACAUGAAGCAGAUGGAGUCAUUCAGCAGAAACGAGAGGUACAUCGUCCCAUCAGUGGAGAGGGACGGAAAGAGAGUGUGGAGGGACGCAGAGCACCCCCAUUUCCCCUUCAAUGAGCCGUACUGACCACACAUCUAGACACAGAUCCACUGACCCCACAUCUAGACACAGAUCAACUAACCCCACAUCUAGACACAGAUAAACUGACCCUACGACGAGACAGGUCUACUGACCCCACAUCUAGAGACAGGUCUACCGACCCCACAUCUAGAGACAGAUCUACCGACCCCACAUCUAGAGACCGAUCUACCAGCCCCACAUCUAGAGACAGGUCUACCGACCUCACAUCUAGAGACAGGUCUACCGACCUCACAUCUAGAGACAGGUCUACCGACCUCACAUCUAGAGACAGGUCUACCGACCUCACAUCUAGAGACAGGUCUACCGACCUCACAUCUAGAGACAGGUCUACCGACCUCACAUCUAGAGACAGGUCUACCGACCUCACAUCUAGACACAGAUCUACCGACCCCACAUCUAGACACAGAUCUACCGACCCCACAUCUAGAGACAGAUCUACCGACCCCACAUCUAGAGACCGAUCUACCAGCCCCACAUCUAGAGACAGGUCUACCGACCUCACAUCUAGAGACAGGUCUACCGACCUCACAUCUAGAGACAGGUCUACCGACCUCACAUCUAGAGACAGGUCUACCGACCUCACAUCUAGAGACAGGUCUACCGACCUCACAUCUAGAGACAGGUCUACCGACCUCACAUCUAGAGACAGGUCUACCGACCUCACAUCUAGACACAGAUCUACCGACCCCACAUCUAGACACAGAUCUACCGACCCCACAUCUAGACACAGAUCUACCGACCCCACAUCUAGAGACCGAUCUACCAGCCCCACAUCUAGAGACAGGUCUGCCGACCUCACAUCUAGAGACAGGUCUACCGACCUCACAUCUAGAGACAGGUCUACCGACCUCACAUCUAGAGACAGGUCUACCGACCUCACAUCUAGAGACAGGUCUACCGACCUCACAUCUAGAGACAGGUCUACCGACCUCACAUCUAGAGACAGGUCUACCGACCUCACAUCUAGAGACAGGUCUACCGACCUCACAUCUAGAGACAGGUCUACCGACCUCACAUCUAGAGACAGGUCUACCGACCUCACAUCUAGACACAGGUCUACCGACCCCACAUCUAGACACAGGUCUACCGACCCCACAUCUAGACACAGAUCUACCGGCCCCACAUCUAGAGACAGAUCAACCGACCCCACAUCUCAACAUUAUUUAUGAGAGGUAUUGACAUGUUGAAUGCGCCGAGGUGUCUGUCUAAACUACUGGCACACAGCUCCGACACCCAUGCAUACCCCACAAGACAUGCCACAAGAGGUGUCUUCACAGUCCCCAAGUCCUGAACAGACUAUGGGAGGCACACAGUACUACAUGGAACUCUAUACCACAUCAAGUAACUGACGCAAGCAGUAAAAUUAGAUUUAAAAAAACACCUUAUGGAACAGUGGGGACUGUGAAGCAACACAAACAUUGGCACAGACACACGCAUACGAUAACAUACGCACUAUACAUACACAUGGAUUUAGUAAUGUAGAGAUGUGGUAGUGGUGGAGUAGGGGCCUGAGGGCAUACAGUGUGUUGUGAAAUCUGUGAAUGUAUUGUAAUGUUUUAAAAUGGUAUAAAUUGCCUUAAUUUUACUGGACCCCAGAGUAGCUGCUUUGGCAACAGCUAAUGGGGAUCCAUAAUAAAUACAAAUCACAGAUCUACUGACCCCACAUCUAGA